CACACUGCCUCAUGUACCACGUUCACGACGUACAUUGUCUGGGCUUACAGGUUCAUGCGCGUUGAUCCAUGACCAAGCGAAUCACAUGACCCUCGAGGUCACCGAGUCUUUUGUUUUUGACUAUUUUUAUACCGGGUACCGGGUGAGAUUGAGCCAUGAGCGUCACCACGGAUGGACUAGACGACGUCUACGAAGCGCUAGAGCGGUAUAACUGGGACGAUGAUGUGGAGUUUCAGGCUGGUUUGCAAGCGAUCGUAGGCAGCAACAGUACGCCAGAGCAAACGACUGAGCUAGCAUUACGGGCGCGGUGCUUUUAUUAUGCGAGGAAAUACAACAAAAACAUCGACUUUGACGCCUACAAAGCAUAUCGUAAUGCCCGCAACCGGCCACCUCCUUCACCUCCCAGUUCGACCAAUGUACUUGCAUCCUCUGUCAUAGAUCAAGAGCUGCCCUCUACCACCACAAGCGCUACUACCCCCGCUACAACCACCGAACCAAGUGGCACCCUCCCUUCGCCUCCAACAGCAACAGAGCCACCCGCGCCUUACCCCACCAGCUUCGCGCACAUAGUCGAAUUGAUCACGAGCGGAAAACCAGUACCAGGUAUCAAGGAGAUUCCACCUACAGUGCUAGAAGGACAAGGGACGCAAGCGACGAAGCCCAAGCGGAAGAAGCCGUGGGAAAAAGACGAUGUUCCUGUCGAAGCUGCCAAAGAAGCUAGUAGUGUGUAAAUGGGUGUUUUGACUUCUGGUCCCUAUAUUUGCUUAAGUAGUCAGAGAUGAUGUGAGUGAUAGGGAUAUAGAGAGAAUUGACUUGUUGAUGCUUACAGGAAGUGGGUACUAUGCAAAAGGGCCCUCGGCGCAACUAGCUCUCAAACUUAUUUACUGCUCGAAAAUGAUUUGAAUGAUGAAAUACAGAAUUGGAUACCUUGCGGAC